CAGCGGCAGCAGUAGCAGCAGCAGCAGCAGCAGCAGCAGCAGCAGCGGCGGCGGCGGCAGCGCCGGCAGCCUCCGCGGACGUAGCCUGAGGACUCCAUGAAGUCCAAGCGGCUCCUGCAGCCCGAGGUUUUCUGAUGGAGGUCCCUCAAUGGGACCCACUGAGAAAUGACUCCCUGCCACCCACCCUCACCCCAGCCGUCCCUCCCUACGUGAAGCUCGGCCUCACCAUCGUCUACACCAUCUUCUAUUCGCUCCUCUUCGUUUUUAUCUACGUCCAGCUCUGGCUGGUAUUGCACUACGGGCACAAGCGAUUCAGCUACCAGACAGUCUUCCUCUUCCUCUGCCUCUUCUGGGCCUCCCUGCGGACCAUUCUCUUCUCCUUCUACUUCAAAGACUUCGUCGCGGCCAACUCGCUGAGCCCCUUCGUCUUCUGGCUGCUCUAUUGCUUUCCCGUGUGCCUCCAGUUCUUCACCUUGACCUUGAUGAACCUGUACUUCACUCAGGUGAUUUUCAAAGCAAAAUCAAAAUACUCUCCAGAAUUACUUAAAUACAGACUUCCCCUCUACCUGGUUUCCCUCUUCAUCAGUCUUGUUUUCCUGUUGGUGAAUCUAACCUGUGCGGUCCUCGUGAAAACAGAAAAUUGGGAGAGAAAGGUCAUCGUCUCAGUGAGAGUGGCCAUUAAUGACACCCUCUUUGUUCUCUGCGCCAUCUCGCUUUCCAUCUGCCUCUACAAGAUCUCCAAGAUGUCUUUAGCCAACAUAUACUUGGAAUCUAAGGGCUCCUCCGUGUGUCAAGUGACCACCAUUGGAGUGACAGUGAUCCUGCUUUAUGCAUCCAGAGCCUGUUACAACUUGUUCAUAUUAUCCUUUUCUCAGAAUAAGAAUGUCCAUUCUUUUGAUUAUGACUGGUACAAUGUUUCAGACCAGGCAGAUCUGAAAAGUCAGCUUGGAGAUGCUGGAUAUGUAGUAUUUGGAGUGGUCCUUUUUGUGUGGGAGCUUCUGCCCACCACCUUAGUUGUAUACUUCUUCCGAGUUAGAAAUCCUACAAAGGACCUAACAAACCCUGGCAUGGUCCCAAGCCAUGGAUUUAGCCCUAGAUCCUAUUUCUUUGACAACCCACGAAGAUAUGACAGUGAUGAUGACCUCGCCUGGAACAUCGCCCCUCAAGGGCUUCAGGGAAGCUUUGCACCAGAUUACUAUGACUGGGGACAGCAAAAUAAUAGCUUCAUGGCACAAAUAGGAUCUCUACAACAAGAUUCAGCGUUGGAUCCCGACAAAUUCAGCAAUGGGUAGCCUCUGUUAACAACAGUAUUAUAGAAUUUUACUCCGCAGUGAAAAGUUUCAGAAAAAGAAGCUUAGGGACAAGCUAGAUGUUUAGGGCAUUGUCACAUGGAAAUAGGAUUUGACUUUGUUACUUGCUACAGGUUUCUGAUGGCUCCAGUGGGACUAAGCAAUAAUUUAGAUGGAAAAAAACUUUAUUUUAGUUAGUACUAAAGAAAUGAGCCUGGUUAUUUCCCUAGGCAUAAUUUAAUGUUUUUUUAUUUGUACUUUUACAGAAUACAUAUUUUGUAUAACUUAAAUGAUAAUGCUAAAGUAUAUUGAGGUUCUCUCCCAAGAAUUUGUUGAUGCAAUGUAUUUUUUAGUUUGCACAGAUAUUUUUAUGUAUAAUUCACUUUGAAGGUAUACAAUAUAUAGUUUAAUGUGUCCUGUAUGUCUUGUUAUAGAUGCGUUUCUCAGAUUGAGAUUAUUCCAAAUUAACUAAAAAGGUAUUGGAAAAUAGAGAUCCUUGUUAGAAUAUAGAAACCCUUCUCAUUGCUGCACAGUAGAACCUAACAAUUUGAUUAACAUAAUGUCUAAAUGCCUAAAUAGUUUCUAUUCACAAAGUUGCAACUGGAUAGACUGUUUGUUGCAAGCCUUCUGGACAAAUGGCUUUUUCCAAGUAGCUCCUCCAGGAGAAUUAGGCUUUUUUUUUUUUUAAAGGAAAAAGGCCUUAAAUUUUUUUUUUUUACAGGGCAAUGGGGUUAAGUGACUUGCCCAGGGUCACACAGCCAGUAAGUGUCAAGUGUCUGAGGCCGCAUUUGAACUCAGAAACUCCUGAAUCCAGGGCCGGUGCUUUAUCCACUGCGCCACCUAACUGCCCCAAAAGGCCUUAAAUUUUGCCCCAAAUUUUGUGCUUUUAAUAAGGCCAAAUGCGCACAAAUUAAAUGAGAACAAGUUAAAACUGACAUCGGAUUACUAAUUUACAAUCUUGAACUUUCUCUUCUGUAACCAUAAAGGUUUUAGCAAAGUUUUUCAUCCAAAUUAGAACCUAAUAUCCAUAAAUUCAGGACCUGUGCCUCCUAGGGCUCUUGCACACAUCAAAUUCCUUUUCGAAUAAUUGUUGUUGUUGUUGUUGUUGUUGUUGUUUGGGGGGUUUUUUGUGGGGCAAUGAGGGUUAAGUGACUUACCCAGAGUCACAUGGCUAACAAAUUCCUUUUAAAUUCAAUUAGAUGCUAUAGGUUUCUUAAAGGGGAUUUAAAACAUUCCCAGUACUGUAGCUGAAGUCAAAGACCAAUGAUUCCAUCUUAGACCAGUGUGGAAAAUAUUAAUUUAUUUGAACUGAUUUUAAAAACAUAAUGAAAAUUGAUUGUCCAGAAGGUAAGUAGAGUUUACACAUGUUAUGACAUGACACAUAUGCCUCCUAGCAAGGGGCACCUUCUAGAGAAUUAUCUGUCUCAUAGGCAGAAAAACAUGACACAAAACCAGCUUCAUUUGGAAAAUGCUGCUAAUAUACACUCCUUGCAUGGGUUUUUUCAUUGUAAAAAAUGUUUAGGGAAUGGAAGACUGUCAGGUACAUAUUUUACCAACAGGUUAAAUGGGCAGGUUUUCUACAGAGCCAAGAGCCAGAGAAAUUCAGAUGUUGUAUAAAGAGAUAAGUAUCAUUCCUACUCAGCAAAUCCCAAGUCUCAGGGCAAUAAAAUGAGCAAAAUGGAAAGAAAUCUUAUCUUUAUUCCUGUUGGGUAAAUCCCACCUGUGAUAUGAAACUGUCCAAUGCUCCAUGGUUUAUAAUUUCAUUCUCCAAGAUAUUUUCUACUUAGCAAUCCAGAUGACUUAAACCUCAGUGACUAAUUUCAUUCCUGUUCUCUUGAUGCUAUGUAAAAUAAGGUUUUCCAUUUAACUGGGGCAAAGGUGCAAACCAGGCCACGAUGAGGUUUUUUUCAUGUAACUUGGAUCCUUUUACCCCCAAUAUAACCCAACAUCAUUAUGAUUGACUUAGAGCAUUCUAAGUUGAUGAGGGGCUUCAGACAGAAAGGAAAUCUCUACUGAUUAGUUCUACCAUCUUAAAAACAUUUCAGAUAAUGAAAUCAACAUCUUAAUUUUCCAAAUAGCCUUAAGAAUGACCUGUCGGGGCAGCUAGAUGGCGCAGUGGAUAGAGCACCGGCCCUGGAGUCAGGAGGCCCUGAGUUCAAAUCCGGCCUCAGACACUUAACACUUACUAGCUGUGUGACCUUGGGCAAGUCACUUAACCCCAAUUGCCUCACUAAAAAAAAAAAGAAUGACCUGUCACUGUUUCUCUAUCUUUGAAGCCAGUUAUGGAUUCUUCAGAGCUGAAUAUUCUGCAGUAAGAAGGUCUCUGGGCUUCUUUUUCUCUUCUGUAAGGUGGAGGGAUGGAGGGAGGAAUGGACAAAUAUAAACUUGGUCUCUACCACCUCUCACCCUCCAGGACUCUAGAAAAGAUCCUUUUAAUUAAACUGUCAUGUAAGCUCUGUAAAAUACUUUCCCUGUCAUUAGGACAACUAAAUAUAUUAAUUCAAAUUGGAUCUCUGAUCUCAUUGAGGAGGCUGAUAACAGGUAAAACCUUUGUUUGUCAGAAAGGGUCCACUCAUCAUGGCAGAACUUCCUCACAUUCUCUUGGUUUCAUGAGGAUACCAUGAAGCCCAUGGGCUACCUAUCGGUUAUCACACUCAUCACAUGACCAGCCCACCUUCUGUUUUGAUCAUCCAUUUCUUUGAUGGCAUCCUUAGCUUCAGAGUAAAUAAAGCAUUUUAAUAUGAAAAAAAAUCAUAUUACUAAAACCAAGUAAUGAUCACAAUCUUAUGCUACAAUCUAGAAAUAUUGUUUAUAUUUACAUUUAUGAUUUCAGACAGAGAAGUUUGAAAUGCUCAUUAUGUCACCAUGGCAAGCCAUAAUUUACCUUUAUAUUAAAGCUGCUAAUAUUUCAUGAAGAUAAAUUGGGGAGGAGGGGUACAGUGAUGCACUCAGUGUCUACUUAAUAUACUUUGUGUCUUAACCUUUGUGAAAUGUCAAAACAAUGACAAAACCCAAAUCUUGUAAACGCACACCUGCAUAUGACAUGUCUUAAUUAACUUGGAAUCUGUACUUGAAUGUACAAAAAUGCAAUCUCUCUUUCUCUGCUAGUAAAUUAGUAUGCAUACAUCUUUGAAAGAUAGAGGGGUGGGAGGAAAAAUGCAGUUUUUUCAUUUAGCUUCUUAAUUUAUUUUUGACUAUUAACUAUAAUGAUGAAGCUGCUUAGUCUAUGAAAUCCUUAAAAAAAUACUAAGGAAAUAAAAGGAGUAAUUAUCACGGGCUCUAAACUUUCUACAGACUCUAUUUGUUUUCUUUGUGUUAAAGCAAUGAGACAAACUCAGAAAACUAAAAGGUAAAGGCAGUGGACAAUAUUUUAAUAAAAGUUCUGAGCCAACACAUAUUGAAGCCUGAUACAACACCAAAAGCAUAUGCUUACAGUGCUGGUUUUAUAUUAGCACAUAGAAUCUAAUUUACUUAACCAUUAAAAAUAAUAUCCAUACAGCCACAAUAGCUUUCUUUUUCAUAAUUAACCUCAGAAGAAUGCCUGUGUGGCCGACAUUUUACUAUGGCAUUUUAUAGAUAGCCCGUUUAAUUGGGCCAACUUAGAAACAUGCAAUCAUGGUGUUUAACACAGUUAGGUCUGAGAUAUUGCCAAGAAAUUUAUGCCAUAACAGACAGCAUGGACACAUGUUGUGUUUGAAUGAAUUUAGGUAUUGCUAAUUACCUAGUACUUAGCACAGUACCUGGCACUUAGUGGGUAAACUAAAUGAUUGUUGAUUGGUUUAUUGGACUUGGGAUGUGCUUAAUAUCUAUGAUGGCGAUCAGAAUUAGCUUCUUAUAAGACUGGGACCAAUUUGAAAAGCAUCAUCUUAUCUUUAAAUUGUUUGCAGAAAUUACAACUGUCAAAUACGAAAUGACUCCCUGUAAAGGUAAAGCAUUCCCAUGCCUAAGGCCCCUGUCAAAAAGGAGUGCUAUAAGAAAUAUAAUCUAAUUUUUGACAAUAAAGUCAGAUUUGUUUUAAAUUUAUAUGGGUGUAUGUAUUUGAAGUCAUAUUGAGAAUGCCAAUAAAACAUACUUGAUAA